GUCAAAGUAGAAAUGCAUUUAACUUAGUCGUCCAGCAGAUGGCGAUCCCUGACUUAACCAACUAAUCAUUAACCACAUCAACUUCAAACUUUGAACUUUACUUUAAGAUAAAGUUUUGUGGGAACAAGCAGAGACAUCGGCAGAGUGAAGCUAAUGAAAUGGCUACUUCAAUGGAUAUUUCCAGCUCAGCACAAAGCCAACCUGCUACAGAGUUGAGGAUUGUGUUGAUUGGAGGAAGAUCAGAUGCAAUUCCCAGUGGUAAAAGUUCAGCUGGAAACUUCAUCCUGGGUCAAAAUGUUUUCAAUACCAGCAGAAGAACAGCUCAGAGUGAAGCGAGGCAGCAGGAAGUGUUCAGCAGACGAGUCACAGUGGUUGAUACUCCAGGAUGGUGGUGGAAUUGGCCUAAAGAAGAAACUCCAAAACUGGAUCAGAUAGAAAUCCAGAACAGUGUCCAUCUGUGUCCACCAGGACCUCAUGUCUUUCUGCUGGUCAUUCCUGUCAGUUUAUAUUUCUCUCAGCGAGCCAAAGCAUCACUAAAGCAGCACUUGGAGUUUUUAAAUGCAGAUGUUUUCAGUCACACCAUCGUUCUGUUCACUUCAGUCGAUCCAUGUAGUGAUGAAAUUGUAGAAUCUAAGAUCAGAAGAAAUCCAGUCCUGCAGUGGAUUCUUCAACAGUGUGGAAACAGAAAACAUUUUCUCAACAUCAGUAACAGAGAAGAUAGAGAUCAAGUCAAGAAGCUUUUAGAGAAAAUUGAGACCCUGAUUACAAACAAUGGAUUCAGACACUGUUCUGUUGACAGAAGUCAAGGAGAAACUCUGAGAAAAGAAAUGAGAGAUUUGACUGAAAGAGCCUCAAAAAGGUUUGAUCAAGUCCAGAAACAAAGAAACAAACUGAAGCUACAGAUUGAAGGUGGAAAAGUCCUUCCAAACCACUUGAGAAUAGUGAUGAUUGGAGGAUUAUUGGCUGGCAAGAGCUCAACAGGAAACACCAUACUAGAAAAAAAUGACUUUUAUGUUUCUAAAUCUAGUGGAAGAACAACCCACAGUGAAAUCAGCCACGGUGUGGUUGAAGGAAGGCGGCUCACAGUGGUCGAUUCUCCUGGUUGGUUCUGCUUCAACACCCUUCAGGAAACCAGUGAGAUGGAUAAACUGGAAAUAGAGAACAGUGUGAAUCUGUGUCCUCCAGGACCACAUGCUGUGCUGCUAGUUAUUGAUCUGACGACUGCUAUGAGUGCAUCACAUCUGAGAUCAGUUCAGGAGCACAUGAAUUUGUUUAGAGAAGAAAUGUGGAAACACACACUGGUUCUGUUUACUGUGGGUGACUGGCUAGGAGUGAAGACUGUAGAGGAGCGAAUAGAGAGUGAUGAAGGUCUGCAGUGGAUAGUGAACAAGUGUGAGAACAGGUAUCAUGUCCUGAACAACAAGGACCACAGUGAUAAGACUCAGGUAAAGGAACUACUGGAGAAGAUUGAAGAGAUGUGGGCAGGAAAUGAAAAAUCUUACUAUGAAGUGGAGCUGGACCGAGCAACAGAGCUAGAAACCAAGAGAGAGACUGGAGACAAGAUGGCCAGAAGGUUGAAGAAGAUCAAUGAGAGAAAGUCAAGAGUCCUGAAAGAGCUGAUUGGAGGUGAGAAACAUCCAAUCACUGACAUCAGGAUUGUUCUUGUUGGCCAGAAAUGUUCAGGGAAAAGUGUAGCUGGAAACAUGAUUCUUUUCAAUGAGAAAUUUGAUAAAACUUUUAACAGAGCUUGGUUGAAAAAGAAUUACCAAGAUGAUAAAUCUGCAACAUGUGUGAAACAUGAAGGAAACUUUGAUGGAGUAAAAGUCUCAGUUGUUGAAACUCCAGGCUGGUUCUCAGACCCAACACCACCUGACUGGAUCAAAGAUGAAGUUCUCCACAGUGUCUCCAUGUGUUCUCCUGGACCUCAUGUUUUUCUCCUGCUUGUUCCCAUCCUCAGAUCUUUCACAGAGAAAGAUCUCAAAGCUCUGCUGGAGAUCAUGAAGCCAUUAACAGAGAGAGUGUGGAGACACUGCAUAGUGCUGUUUACCAGGGGAGACUGGAUCAAUGACGUCCCUGUAGAGAAUUACAUCGUCAGAGAGGGAAAGGAGCUCCAGGAGCUUCUGGAGAAAUGUGGGAACAGAUACCAUGUUAUAAACCCUUAUCAUUCUCAAGACCCUGUUCCUAUCAAAGACAUGUUCCAAAAAUGUUUUGAUAUUGUAAAACAAAACAGAGGAUGCUUCACAAUUAAAGCCAAAGAAAAGAAAUCUCAGAUUCUACGUUUGCAAGAAAAAGGGAUAGAAGAGGAAUGGAAAAGGAGAGAACAGGAGCUGAUAGAGAGAAUGAUGAAAGCUUUAUCAAAGGAACCAGAAGAACCAACAGAACCUCAUGUGAGAACAGCAUGGAGCAAAGAUGAUCGUGAUAUUCCUGACAUGAGUGGAGAUGUUGCCUCAGAAUAUGGGAGCAUUUCAGAAAAAAGGAAACGACGAAGACAUGACCAAGUUGCUGAAUGGCUGAAUAGCAGACUCAGAGAGUCAAAGAUCAGCUCUGGGAUCGGCAGCUUUUGUUCCUCAAACACUUAUAUGGAAAACUUGGAGGAAAAUUCCCAAAUUGACUAAAGCCAAAACAAUUUCAGCAUAAGAACAAAGGACUCAUUUCUCACAUAGGUUUGUUUAAAAGUAUUUUUUUAAGUAGUUAGAAAAAACUGAUGCAUACCGACACUAGAAGAGUAAUAUUCAAACAGUUCCCAGAUAGCAAAAUAUGAGUCAGUCAAUGUUGGAAUAUGUUUAGGCAGAAAGAUUAAAUUCAUGUUGAAGCCUGACAUUAAAAUUAUAAAAAAGUGGUUGUCAAGUUUCUGCCCUCUUUAAACCACCUCAGCUUCUGCCCAAACUUGAAAAAGCUUGCUUCCCUCAAAGAGAUGCAGGAACCACUCAUCUCAGCAACAUCUUUUGUUUAUCUUUUUUUUAAGUCUUUAAGUAUUUCAAUUGACAGUGUAAGACCACCAUGACUUUGCAUUAGCAGUUAGAGUAAUCACAAAGAAGUCACAGAGCAGGUUGAAAACCUACAAACAAACAAAAAAAGUCAAUUACAGAUCACAACAAACUAAUUAACUAGUUUUCCAGGUAAUGUUAACAAUCUACAUUUAAGCUAAUAGUGAAUGAACAAACAAACUACAUUCCAAACACAUAAAACCCAUUGCAUCACCAAGGCUAAUUUGGUCUUCUGACUGCAGAUUAAAUGAUAUAAACUGUGCAUAAUGUCCAGUUCCUACCAGUGGUGUCUUUGUGGAAGCUUGAAGCUGAGGUUCUUUGUCUGAAGAGACCAUUGUGAAUCCAGGUGUGUCAAGUUACCUUAUAGACUUCAGAUGGGCCUGAGUCAUGAAAGGGAUGGGUGCGCUUGAUUCUCUGUGAUGUGUGUGCCAGUUGGGUGGAGAUAGCAAAUGCAAUCACAAAUGUACCAUUUGCUGUUUUAACUUGACAAUGUUAAUCCUCUAAAUUAAACAAGCCUUUUCAGGUAUUUUAUCAUUUAUUUUGUUUCAAUCUAUGAAUGUUUAAAUCCAAAUCAGAUCAAACAAUUUCUUCCCGUUAUACCACAAGUUGAGGAAAAUAAAUAAAAGUAAAAGUCAUUCUUUAUAGAGGGAGUCCUCUGAAUUUAGAUUUGUAAUAUCGUAUAAAAAUUUAAGUUUGUUUUAAUGUUAUGCUUAUUUCAUUUGGGUUUUGAAAGGCUGAAGUGCUGCAUGAUGAAGAGGACAGCAGAGGCUCAAGGGCAAAUUUGACUCAAGGCAAAACUGACACUGAGAGCAACAACUACUGUAUU